CGAAUAAGAAUUAACAAGUCAGCUAGGUUCUUUCCACUAGCUCACUCUCGCAAAUGUUUAUUUAAUCGAAAUAGUUGACAUCCCAAAAGCAUAGGGCACCAUUGCAUUAUACAUACUUCUUGUGUGCCGGGUACUAGAAUCACCUGUCAGGAAUCGCUUCGUCAUAGCAUCGAUUCGUAUUCGGUGUAUGUUUUGAUUCUGGUUUCAGUGUGGCUGUGACUAACGUCGAACCAGGUUGCUGCCAUCCGCAGCUCGGCUAGGAAAAUUUCAAUCUACUUGAAUUGAUUUUAUGUGCUCUGGAACCUGAAUUUUUUAGAGGUGGCUGGAAAACUGUAGAUCGUUGGUUUGCUCGAGAGAUGCUUGCUCCAACGCAGAUCGAGAGGAUCUAAAAAUUCAAUUCCUCCAAGUAAUUUGAAUUUGCCUGUCUGGUGUCACAUCUUGAAUAUCUAAUUUCGGGCUUUACUUCGCUUCGUAACAGCGGGAGUGCUCUGUUGACGCUGAGAUUUGCUUGACCUGCCUCAUGUUAUUACAUCUUGCUUCGCUUAUAGUCAAAAUGCCGUGGAAAAACUAGUUGAAAGAAAUCGUCGCUGAUCAAGAACCCUUGAUUUUCUAUUCCUUAACGUUGACUCGAAUGAUUGAAUGGAGCGUUAUUCGGAAAGAAGCAAACUGUCGCAACCGGUAGAUCGGCUGACCAAUCUUGACGGCCGUGGUCAGUCCGGUGAAGAAUCUACCAGCAACAAGAAAGCAACUGGCGAUCCGGUGGUUCCUGCAAUUGAUCACCGUGACACGGUGGAAAGCGACGACGGUAUCUCUGAGGCUGAAGCCGGCUCAAUAUCAAGAGGCUCGUCGGCAUGCAAAAAUAUAAUCGACGAAGCCGAGGAGUUGCUGGAAGAGGUUUGUUUUGUUACCAUCAACGCCGGCAAGAUCGCAUCUGAGGAAGUGAGAGAGGGUUUGGAGUUGCUCACCGCUCCGGAGGAGGAUGCGAAGUUUGGCGGCGGUGAUGUUGUAGCAGCAGUGCUGACGUUGGUCACCUUCAACAUCGACCUGAUAUCUGAUCUGCUGCUAGCGCGACAUCUUAGCCAGGGAGAUGAUGUGGACCGCCGUUGGGCAGUGGCUACCUUCUGUAUGACUGUAGUUCCGCUGGUAGUGGUGAACGGAUUCAGCCUCUAUUGGUACUGGUUUGAUUCCCACCCUCACACCAAGACGAUCGUAGCCGCUCUCCCGUUGGAAAAUGUCGAUGAAUGUGACAAACGUUUUGCGGCUGAUGAAGAUGCUUCAGAUGCGACUUCAGAAUCGCCUCCAUCUGCUACCAGUAAUAACGAUCGUUAUGAAAAAGAAAAUAACAUCUCUGUCGGAAUGAACAAAAAUGAACGAACAAUCUCUCGAGAUAAUUCAUUGGGCACUUUAAACGAUCCUGCAGCGAACACAAGCGACGAGUUAAAUUGUUUUAACAGAAACGCGAAUAUUGUAGCGAAAAGCCCUUCAAGUAGUUUGAAAUCCCAUGGAGCUUGCAUAAAAAACGAGGAGGAAAUUAUUGAUGCCAAGAACGAAAUUAGUUUUCCUCAUCAAAAUCGAGUGAAGUUGACGAUGGUUUGGUGUCUUCGGUUUUUAUUUCAUUUUACUAUGCAAGCAAAUUCUUUGCGUCAGCUGGAUUUACUCUACUACGGCACGCGCAGCGUAGCAACUGUUCGACAGAAGCACAAUACGCACAACGCUCGAGCUUUUUUCAAGCCUAAAUCCCUUGAUGGAGACCGAUACGAGUCGAAACGGUCUGCAGCUUAUUCCACUCGUCCGCCAGACGUUCGUGAAGGUUUUGAGGUUCCCGACUCGCUCGUAAAAGAAAAAAAGAGGUUUCAGGAGCUCUGGUUGCACGCUGAGAGUGACGGUGCAGCGCUAGAUCUGAUCGGCGCGGUACUACAAGACGUUCCUCAAAUAAUCCUGCAGCUUUACUUGCUUGCGCUUUCGGUGCCUCUUCUGUCAGCGUCCGUCAUGCAGUACAACAGAUUCUUACAAGGAUUCCGAAUUGACUCUUGGCUCUUCGAGAAAAUUUUCUCCGAAGUUAUAUCCACUAACUCGAGCAAUCUCACUUCACUUAUGGGCUAUGAUGUGGAAUUUCACGUUGAAAAUAUUGUUGAUGGUAAUUUAGCUCUACCCGGUACUCAGUCCCAGCGUAAUAUCUAUGAAGAAGCAGCCGGUAAUUUUAAUUACUCAGAUUUAAUGAGUUUGAAUUACUCGUCCAGCGAAUUUGCGAAAGCAGUUUUAUUGAACAACUCAGAGGCAUCUGUAGCGACGUUUGUUUUGAGGUUAACAGCACCCAAAGAACUCCUGCCAGAUACUGAACAACAUCUAGUUGCGCUGCAGUUACUUUGUCUGUGCGGCUCGCUGUGUGCCGUGUCGUGGUCAGCGACGUCGUGGGUGAGAGCCGUGAGGCUUGCCUCCCUCCGCCUCACCAGCCUCUCCCCCGCCUCACUUCUUAUCCUCACGCUCGCUCACCUUACUGCCAUCGUGCCACAGGUGAUGUGUUAUGCGGCCCUGGCGACCACGUCACCGGAGCUGCUGCUGUUGGUAUUGCUGCUGCUGUGGGCGCUUCACACGACCUGGAUCCUGAGUCAGUUGGUUAAGUGGUCGCAGUCACGCAGACAACUGCUCGAGUGGUUCCCUCACGACAUACGGACAGGCUUGUGUCGACGUGCCGACGACGUGUGUCUGAGUGCUGCUCUGGCCCUAGUCUUCUUGCUGACAUUCCUGGACGUCGCAGGCGACGAGUCUGGUGCGAUGGCUGCAGCGCACGCGGCGCUGCGGCUUGCAGUUCAGCUCGCAGUAGCGUCUGCUUGGUACGUCUCGACAGGAGGUGUGCAGUGGGUGCAGCAGGGGCCGCUGUGGUUCGUGCUCACUGCAGGCGCUCUGCACGCCGCCCUCACAGCGGCCCACUACCACCUCACACGGUGGGCGCAUGCGACCCACUUCCCUCCCAAGAAACAAACCUUGGACGACACGCGCUACGAGGACGAACUGAGAGGAGCAGGUGAAGAACAACCGCCCGAAACGAGUCGCACCGAAGUUGUUUGAAACUAGCACAUUACGAGAGACAAUUAGGAAACGCUUAGUAGCUCUUCUCCCAAUACGGUAAUAUCAUGAAAACAUAUUUUUUUGCGUUUCAAGCAGAUCAAAUCUGGAAGUAUCAUCCAUGAUUAAGCAAAUUGAAUUACAUAAUUAUCUCGCAUUAUCUUGUCCAUUGAAAAUUUUAGAAAUUGCAAUAUUGUGGAUAAGGAACUAAAUCAUGUCUUGUAACGAUAUCAAAGUUGCAGAACCGUUGCCACGUCAAUAAA